AUGUGGAAGCAACUCUUGAAAGUUCGUGAUAAAGUGUUGAAUUUCUGUGGUGGUGUAUCAAACCUGAAGCAACUAAUUAGUUCAUGUCAUAUAAAUUCUAAACUGAAGCUAUCAGCCUUAUAUUAUGCCCUGUAUCCAGCAUCAGCUAAUGUCCUAUGGCGUGAAACAGUAUGGGAAUGUCUGAGCUUUCCUAAACAUGCUUUUGUUCUUUGGUUAGCUGCUCAUGAUAGACUUCUCACACAGGAUAAACUUCUAAGAAGGGGAAUUAUCAAUAUCAAUCACUGCAAAUUGUGCUCUGGAGCUGUUACUGAAUGCAGGAAUCAUUUGUUUUUUGAUUGUAGCUUUUCAAGAGAUGUUUGGAAUGGAAUUAUGGAUUGGAUUCAUUUUAAAUGGAGAUCUUGUGAUUGGUGUAUACUUCUAAACUGGUAUAACUCCAGGUUGAAGGGAAAUGGACUCAAGCACAAGGUUAAGAGGAUGGCAUUGGCAGCGACUGUUUACAGUGUUUGGAGAGAAAGAAAUGCAAGGAUUUUUGGCCAAAACAGCAAGAGUGUUGAGCAUUUGAUCAGAGACAUAUUCUCAACAGUGAUCAAUCGGAGGAUUUUAAGCAUCUGA